ACGGAGGCGCUCGCGUGUUCUCGCGAGAGGCGGGAAAAGGCUCAGUGUUUGAAACAUGGCAGACGACGUGGACCAGCAACAAACUACCAACACCGUAGAGGAGCCCCUGGAUCUCAUCAGGCUCAGCCUGGAUGAGCGAAUUUAUGUGAAAAUGAGAAACGACCGAGAGCUUCGAGGCAGAUUACAUGCUUAUGAUCAGCAUUUAAAUAUGAUAUUGGGAGAUGUGGAAGAAACUGUGACAACUAUAGAAAUUGAUGAAGAAACGUAUGAGGAGAUAUAUAAAUCAACGAAACGGAAUAUUCCGAUGCUCUUUGUCCGUGGAGAUGGUGUUGUGCUAGUUGCUCCUCCGUUGAGAGUUGGCUGAAACAAUCUAUCCUGUAUGGGAAAAAGGAGACUUUGUACAGUUGCCUCUUUAAAUGUACAAAACAUUCAAAAGACAAACCUGCGUAUGUUUUAAUAUUGAGAAAUAACCCAAGGAUUCUCCCAUUCCUGAAAUGGGUCGAUUUGCAGAUAACUUAGAACUUCUUGAACUAAAUGGCAUUUUUGUUUUUCUCCAACCAUUGCAAUGAACGUGAGCACCAAGAUGCAAAACUCUUUUUCAGGAGUUGGUUUGCUUCAUUGUUCUUACAAGCAAUUUCUGAUUUUUUUUUUUUCUUAAAUUAAAUUUGAUGUUUCCUUUUCGAUUUUUUUAA